AUGUCUCACAGAGCUGAUGUGAACCUCCACGUCCACAUCCCGCCUAGAGACAAAGUCCUGAUGUGGAUGCUGGUGUUGCUCUGGACGCUGCUCUCUGCUGCAGUCCACGCUCAGAGCUGGAGACCAUGUACAGAUCUGCUCCCCCUUGACCUUCUCUCCAGGGUCCUCCCUCGCCCUGGAGAGGCUCCUCCCAGCCAGGUUCGGAUGGUGCAGUCUGCAGGAUCCCGUGGAGUACGUCUAACCGGUGCCAUGGCAACCAGGCUGAGUUUCCCUGCCUCCCAAAUAUUCACCAACUGUGACUUCUUCCCCGGUGAAUUCUCAUUGGUCACCACAGUCAAGAUUCCAAGACUCAUCCAGAAGAGGAAUGAGUACAUCUUCACCUUGGUGGAAGACAAACCUAGCAGGCUGUUGUUAGGGUUACGUGUCUCCCAGGCCAGUCUUCACUUCCUGGUUACAGUGCCAACUCCAAGGGGGAGGAGGAAGAUUAGCUUUAGGGAUGUUCAUCUGGCGGAUGACCACUGGCACACCAUUAUCCUGGCGGUGACCGGAAGAUACGCAACCCUCACCAUUGACUGUGGAAUUCCUCUGGAAGUGGUCAUGGACCAGGCCUUUUCCAGGACUUUGAGCACCAGAGACUCCAGCUUCUACAUUGGAAGCAGGAGAAGAUGGAAAGGACUAUACUCUGGUUUGCUCCGCCAGCUGGUUUUACUUCCUGGUUCUGAUGCCGUGCCCAGACUGUGUCCGUCCUCUGAGCCCCAGUUGGCUGCUCUGUCUCUUCCACAGGUUGUGAUCUCUCUCCCCCUGCAGCCUGCCGGCACUCGGCCACAGCUGCCUUACGAGACAGCCGUGACAGUGACUUUAGGGGGUGAGCCUCAUUGUUCCAGGUCAGAGGAGGGUCAGUUGUGGUUCAAUACCCAGAGGAAAAGCCUGCUGCUCUGUGAUGGACACAUAUGGACGCCUUUACUAGCUGAAAAGAAGCGUUUGGAUUACGUAGAAGACUACCAGGACCUUUACACCAGCUCAGAAACCUUUGAUGUUGAAGUUUUCUCCAUUCCUUCUGUGGGUCUCUUCAUGGCUGCAGCCAACAGGGACUCUUGGCCCGGUUCUGGCAUUUAUAAAUGGAUGGAUGGGAGGUUUCACCUGUACCAGAACAUCAGCACCCAAGAGGCCCGUGCCUGGAAACACUUCAUCCUGGAUGGACAGGUCUUUUUGGUGGUGGCUAACUCCAGAGAGACAGACAGGGAGUUUUCGGUCAUCUAUCGGUGGAGUUCGAGGCGUGAGAGGUUUCUGCAGUACCAGACCAUCCAGACUCACUCCGCUCUGGACUGGGAGGCCUUCAGCAUCCACAAUGACUCCUUCCUCGUCGUAGCCAAUCACAGACGAGCCGAAGACUCCAACCACAACAUCCACAGUGUGAUCUACAGGUGGAACGCAGCAACCAAGCUGUUUGAGGUGAAUCAGACCUUGCUGACAUCAGGAGCGUAUGACUGGGAGUUCUUUAGUGUUGGACCGUACCACUUCCUGGUGGUUGCCAACACCUUUGACGGGGUCACCACCACCAUCAGCUCCACUGUCUACAUCUGGAUGGAUGGAUGCUUCCACACCUUUCAACAUAUCCCAACGGUGGGAGCAACAGACUGGGAGAUGUUCCAGAUUGAGGAGAGGUACUUCCUGGUAGUCGCUAACAGUCAGCGGGUUGUUGAGCGCAGCCCGAGUCUGUACAGCCUCAACUCCACCAUCUACGAGCUCAACACACUCACACAGACCUUCAUCCGCUUCCAGGACCUCCUCACACACAGUGCUGUAGACUGGGACUUCUUCUCAGUGGGAGAAGAGAAGUUUCUCAUUGUGGCCAAUUCUCAUGACGGCAGCUCCUACACCCUGAAUAGUGUAAUAUACAGGUGGCAGGGUUAUGAGGGCUUUGUUCCCGUCCACAGUCUCCCGACGUUCGGCUGCAGGGACUGGGAACACUUCAGUACCGCCGAGGGCUCCUUCCUCAUCUACUCUAGUGCCACAUCCCGGCUCAGCAAGGUCUUUAAACUCAAAACCUACUGA